AUGAUUUCACAAUCAUCAUCAGACAAUAACAAACCAACCACCAAAAUUACUUUAAAAACGCAUUACAUUCCCGUUCCAUCCUAUUCUCAGUAUCAUCCAGAUGAAUAUGCCGUGGAUGGAUGGUAUCAUGAAAAAUCCGAAGCCUAUCUUGAUGAUGAUUAUUAUUUAGAUAUUUGGAAUGAAUUUGGACCAAAAACAUUGAGCAAGAGAAAUUUCAUGGUGGAUGAUGUCCAUCUCAUCAAGAUUCCUAUGGAAAAUAGAAAUAAGAUCAUCAUGGUACAGAAUAAUAGUAAUACCAACGUACAAAUUUCAUCAUUGAAAGAAUCUACUGGUAGGUCCGGACAUGUACUUUAUCAUGGCAAUCAAUUCAGAUAUAUUGAUCUCGGAGGACCUUACAGUAAAGAGUUUUUAAUGUUGGAUGAGAAAGUUUGUGAUGUAUGGUUUGAAUAUGUUGAUAACUAUUCAACAUGGAUCAAUGUUCAGGAUCAUCAAGCCUUUUACAAAUAUGCAGCUCACAUUUGUAUUGAGAAUUAUAGAGUCCAUCCAAAGUAUUUGCACUAUUUCAGAAAAGGACAUUUGAUUUAUGGUUAUGAUGUAGUGAAUCGGUUUAUGGUAGCAUUGGAUGAUGCAAAUCAUGGAGUGGAUUUUCAUCAUGCCUUGUAUGAAGGAGAAUACUUGACUUACAUGUACCCAUAUACAGACGUGAAUUUCUUUGGAUUUUUUACAUCACUGGGUCGAUUUAUGUUUCCAUCGGGUGAUCAUAUUUUCGUUCUUGAUAAAUAUGAGAAUGAACCUUUUUAUGCUCGAUCAUUUAUGGCACACGAUUCAGGGUUCACAUUGUUUUAUAUCAUUAGUCAUCGAGGGAAUUUAUUUCGAUUGGAAAAGCAUGGAAAUAAUAUUUCACUCGUGAGAGAAGAUUCUAUCAAGGACAGCCUCUCGUACAUGACCAAACUACGCAGAGGAACAUGCUUGUUUAAGACGAAAAGUGGAGAGUGGAUAUUUAAUAGUAAGGCUGCCAAGAGCAAUUCAUUUCCAUUUCUCAAAUCGAAACAAGUAUUUGGACGAUUGGAGAACAUUCACAUGUUGCUUGGAUUAAAAGAGAAAGAACGUAGAAAGACCAAAAGCAACAUUAGAGGACGUAACAUUAUUUUAGAAGAAAAUUUACUUCCACAAUGCAUUGAUAUUAGUGGUGAUGAAGAAUGUGUCAUUGGGUUUUUAAUGGAAGAUUUUUCGUUCUAUGUGUCCAAUGUUGCAGACUCCAAGAAGAAGCAAUUGAAAUUUAUGUUUACAAAAAUUGAUGUCUUGCAAUAUUUGUCUUCUUUUGGCCUUACGAGAUAUCAAUGGACCAAACCAAGUACUUCCUAUGAGCAACGACGGCUGAAAAUUUAUUUAACUGAAGCUAAUUCUAAAAAUGUUGUAAUCAGAGCCUAUGUGGAGAGACGAUCAAUUGUCACCCAUGAAUUACUGAGCUUGUUCGACAAACUGCACAGUAGAUUGUCAGAGGCAUUACAAUGUACGGAUCCGUUAUGUGAUAUCAAACUCACUACCCAGGAAAUAAAAGAAAAUUAG